UAUGAUAGCUAGAAGUAAAUAAUUGAUAAUUUUAUUUGAUGUUGAUGGUACUCUUACAAAGUCUAGGAAUAAGAUUGAAUAGAAUAUGGUUGAUACUCUUAAGUAACUUUGUAAAUUACAUUAUGUUGGUAUAGUUGGAGGAUCAGAUUAUCAAAAAAUUAAAGAUCAGGUAGGAUAAGAUGGUAAUUAUAAAAAUAAGUUUGAUUAGUAUUUGAGAUGGUUGAUUUUGUGUUUACUGAGAAUGGUUUACAUUCAUUUAAAAAUGGAGAGCAUUUCCAUACAUAGUCUUUGAAUAAAUUUGUUGGUGAAAAUCAUUUGUAACAAUUCAUAAAUUUUACUCUGUUACAAUUAUCAUAGAUACAAUUACCAAUAAAAAGAGGUACAUUCAUAGAAUAUAGAAAUGGAAUGAUUAAUAUUUCACCAAUAGGUCGAAAUUGUUCAUAAUAAGAACGAGAUGAUUUUGAAUAAUAUGAUCAUUAACAUCAAAUUAGAAAGUAAUUGAUUGAGAAAUUGGAAAAUGAAUUCAAGGAAUUAAAUUUUAAAUAUUCAAUUGGAGGAUAGAUUAGUUUUGAUGUAUUUCCAAAAGGAUGGGAUAAAACUUAUUGUUUGCAAUUCUUAGAUGAAUUUGAAAAAGUAUAUUUUUUUGGAGACAAGACAUUUGAAGGUGGAAAUGAUCAUGAAAUCUACAUUCAUGAAAGAACAAUUGGAUAAUAAGUUAAUAAUCCUUAAGAGACAAUCAAAUAUUUAAAUGAAUUAUUUUUUAAAAAUUGAU